AUGGCCAGCCAGCAGCUCUCCAGCACACUGCAGGCAGAACUGGUCUGCCCCAUCUGCAUAGAUAUUUUGAAGAAGCCUGUCACCAUUGAUUGCGGGCACAAUUUCUGCUUCACAUGUAUUUCUCAGAUUGGGGAAGCAUCAGACAAGUUUCUCAAAUGUCCCCUCUGCCAGCAUUCUGUGAAGAGGACCACAUUCAGCCACAACUGGCUGUUGGCAAGUCUGGUGGAAAAAAUCCAAGCUGUUGAUCCUCCUGAGAUCCAACCAGAAGUGGAAGAGGGGAAAUGUCAGAGGCAUGGGGAAAGGUUCCAUUACUUCUGUGAACAUGAUGGAGAGUUCCUCUGCGUGGUGUGUCGUGAAUCCAAAGACCACAAAUUCCAUACUACUAGCUUGAUAGAAGAGGCUGCCCAGAAGUAUCAGGGGCAGAUUCAGUCACAUGUGCAGGUCUUGCUGCAAAAGGAGAAGGAUAUUGUACAAGAGAAGACAGGAGGGGAACAAAAGAUUGAUGUUUUCAUGGCCCAGGUGGAGUUUGAGAGGAGAAGGAUCCUCAUGGAAUUCAAGCACCUGAGGCGGGAACUAGAGGAGGAGGAGAAUUUCCUCCUGUCCAGGCUCUGCUGGCUGGGGCAUGAGGUUGCCAAGGGUAGGAAAUUCUACACCUCUUUCACAGAAGUGCAGCUGAAGUUCCUCAGGGUGCUCAUUGGGUCCCUGAAAGCCAAGCAGCAAAUGCCAUCCAGACAGAUGCUGAGGGACAUCAAAGGAAUCCUGUGCAGGAGCGAAGGAUUUCGAUUUUUCAACCCAACCCCAGUUCCUGUGGAGUUAGAGAAGAAAUUCAGUGAAUCGAAAUCAAGUCACGACACCGUCACAGACAGCCUAAAGAAAUUUAAAGACAAAUUCCAGGCUGAUAGGAAGAAUGAUAAAAGCAGAUUCCUCAAAGGCAUGGAUGAAAAGGACAUGAAAAGCUGGUGCCUGUUAGAGAAAAAUAAUCCCAACUCAUCCUCUUUAGACCGAACCCGCUCUGCGGACGCGAGGGGCACUGAGGACGUCCAGGCUGCACUGAGUGAGUGGCUGAAGGCGGGCGGGGCCCCGAUUAGGCAGAGUCGGGUGGAGCGAGCGGAGCGUCGGGGAGAGGCCCGGUGCCGACAGUGGAGAUGGAGCGGUGGUGCCAUGCAUGUCCCUCGGAGUGAUUCCAGCGUACCCACUGACCAAGACCGCUUCUACAGUCUCCGCAGCGUGUUGGGUUUACUCUGCCUUUCCUCAGGGCGCCAGGCCUGGGAGGCGGAGCUCCAAGGACCCCUGGGCGGGGCCUGCGUGGUGGGCGUUGUCUCGGAGCUCGUCCCCAGGCUGGGCUAUCUGCCACUGGAACUCUUGUCUGGCUUCUGGGCACUCAUCUCUGGCUCCACGCGUCAGGCCCUCACUGAGAGAGGCACCCGGGAGAAAGUGCUCUUCUGUCCAAGGAAAGUGGGCGUCCACGUGGAUCACGACUGCGGGAAGGUCGUCUUCUACGAUGCCACCACCAGCAACAUUUACAUAUUUCAAGUCUUCUUCCCUGGGCAGAUCUUUCCUCUUUUCUCACUCUUGUCGCCUGGCACUCAGAUCACCUUGAGUCCCUAG